CCUUUUUUACGCUCUCGGUUCUCCUCUUAUAUUUUGGAUCUUCAGUAUGAAGGGACCAAUGAGAAGACAAAUGAUCUGAGAUUAAUGCCAAACCUAGCACGGAGACACUUCUUAUCAUCCAUCAACUAAAGAAGAUCUCCACCACUCUCACCUCUCAACUUGCUUAACAAUUACAAUACCAAUUUCCCCCUCCUCCUCCUUCCCUUCAAUAUACACACCCCUCCCUGAAAAUGGCAUCACCAAACGGACAAGGCUUCUUUCUGCCCGCCGAACGAGCCCAAGGCCUCGCCAACUACCCACACGCCCGCACCGCCCCUUCCACCAGCCGCCUGCUCUUCGUGUCCGGCACCUCCUCCCGCCGAGGCGACGGUACCUACGAGGGCUGCGAGCCUUCUCCAGACGGCAACGGUUUCAAGCUCGACUGCGGCGCCCAGACGGCCGCCGUGCUACGCAACAUUGAGACCAUCAUCCGCGGCGCCACGGAUGGCGCGCGGGGACUCGAGAGUGUGGUGGAUGCUACUGUGUUUUUGACGGACAUGAGUGACUACGCUGCUAUGAAUGCGGAGUGGAAUAAGUGCUGGCCGGACAAGGCCAAGGCUCCGGCCAGGACGUGCGUGCAGGUUGCGGCGCUGCCGAAUGUGAGGCUGAAUGUCGAGAUCAAGUGUCAGGCACUGGUGGCGGAGUGAAGGAUGACUUGGGUGGUUGGAUGAAGACCAGAGAAGAGAGCAACUUCAGCUAUAAACGCUGCCAGACUAGGAGGGGAAAGGCGAGUGAUUCAAGGACGGCUGGGUCUGGGCUUUAAGGGAUAUGAAGGAACCCUUGUAACGUGUUCUUCUCUCGAUGCGCUAGCGCGAUGAUCUCUGCACUGCAGCAGCAGCAUUAGCACUGACGAGCAGCAGCAGACUAGCCUCGCAUCUAUAUCUGGAGACAAGAAGAGGCUCCUGAGACAGGUUCACCGUCGGGUAGACGAAGCCAAGGACUCCCUCAUCAAGCACAGGAGGGAGGUGUCUCGACUGAAAAUGCUAUGAUUCAACGUCUCCCCUGAGCAUGCUGUCUCUCAAAUCCUUUCCAGUCGGACGAAUCAAGCCGCCUUGCCCAUACCUCCAGGAACCAUCCCCCAACCCAUCUGCUCAUAAGUCCAUCCAAAGACCGUACCGCUCU